AUGUUUCUCGCUCAACUGAUGCCUUCUAUUCUCGAUAUUCCAGUGCUAGGUGAUCUUGUCAAAGGAGAUAACGAAAAAAUUAUGAAAGAGAUAACAAACACAGUUAGAGAGGAUGUGGAAAAAGCUCUACUCUCUUGGGAUGACACCCAGCAACCAGAAUGUUUCGUUCACGCAUAUUACAAACAGAUGAAAACUAAUCCUCUCUUGAGCUACGACAACCUUUUUAAUGUAUGCUCUGAUCUCUUCCUAGCUGGGAUGGAAACUACCGCCACAACUCUUCGAUGGAGUGCACUGAUACUCGCAAAACAUCAAGACGUGCAGGCAAUUGGGUUCAAUCGAAACGUUUGCUUGAAUCACUCUGCUCCAAAGAUUCGCUUCUAUUUACGGUGCUUAAUUUUCAGUGCAACAGUUCUCGAACUUCAACGAUUCGCGAACAUCAUAGCAAUCAAUGGUACUCAUCGCACGGUGAACGAUACAUACAUCGGUUCAGUUCCUGUCCCAGCUGACACCUUAGUCUUGGGACAAAUCUACAAUGUUAUGGCAAACUCACCGGUCUAUCCUGCUCCUGAGAAAUUUUCGCCUGAACGAUUUCUCAUGGAUGAUGGCGUAACACCUAAUAAGGAAGCUAUUGAGCAGUUCUGCCCCUUCUCCAUUGGAAAAAGGAUGUGCGUCGGGGAAGGAAUGGCGAAAAUGGAGCUAUUCAUCGGACUCAUCACAAUUUUGCAGAAUUUUAAGGUGUGUUUUCGGGCACUAAGAUGCGAUCACCUCUAUAAAACAACCACAACAGCUGCUUACAGUGAGAAGAUCGUGAGCCGUAUUCGUCUAGAAAGUAUGUUUGCUGCCCUGACUCUGUUCCUAUUCUCUGUUAUCGUCUACUAUAUAUGGAUAUUCUAUGCGAAUGUAAAGCGAUACCCUAAAGGACCUACCCCUCUACCGAUUGUCGGUAAUUUACUUUCGAUCGAUUUACGAAAAUUACAUAAAUACUUCGAGCUUAUGGCAAAAGAUUACGGUGAUGUCUUCACUGUAUGGCUUCCAAAGCCACAUGUGGUCAUCAUGAAGUAUGACUCCAUCAAAGAGGCUUUUGCUAAAAGAGGUAGUAACUGGUUAUUCGAAGAAACUGAUCAGCAAACUUGA